UUCAAAGCAAUGUACAAAGUCAUGAAUUACUUCUUAAUUUGGGUUUUGGGUUCUGCUGCUUCUGCAGUUCUAGCAAAGCAAACAUUUCAUGGUGACAAGGUGUUCCGUGCCAAGCUUCAGACAGAAGGACAUGUGGCACUCAUUCACAAAAUAAAGGAAGCAAUCAAGCUGGACUUCUGGCACCCAGACACGGCAGACAGAAUGGUCCCACACACGGAGGCUGACUUUCACGUUCACAGUGAUCAGGCAGAUUCUGUUCAGAUUCUUCUGCAACAGAACUCAGUGCCAUAUGAAGUUUUGUUCCAUGAUCUUCAGGAAGGUAUUGAAGCCCAGUUGAACAACACGAAGAAGUCAAAAAGACACAGUUAUACAAAGUACAAUACGUGGGAAAAGAUUGUUGAAUGGACGAGCAAACUGACCAAGAAAUAUCCUAACCUUGUACAAAGAAUUGACAUUGGAAAAUCUGUAGAGGGGCGCCCCAUGUAUGUCCUGCAGGUGGGAAAUCCAGACUCUGCAACAAAAGCAAUUUUCAUGGACUGUGGAAUACAUGCACGGGAAUGGAUCUCACCAGCAUUCUGUCAGUGGUUUGUUAAAGAGCUCAUUAAAGGUAAAAACAACAUAAGAGAACUAGUGAAGAGCCUUACCUUCUAUAUUCUACCUGUAUUUAACAUUGAUGGCUAUGUUUGGACAUGGACAGAGGAUCGCAUGUGGAGAAAGAAUCGAUCCCCUUCAGAAGACGCUAAAUGUGUGGGCACAGACCUCAACAGGAACUUCAACAUUUCAUGGUGUGACAUUGGCUCUUCAGAUGAACCAUGCAGCGAAAUCUACUGUGGAGCAGCUGCCGAAUCUGAAAUAGAAACUAAGAACGUGGCCAGUUUUAUCCGAAGUCAUGUGGAUUCCAUCAAAGCUUACAUCAGUUUCCACUCCUUCUCGCAGAUGUUAUUGUUCCCUUUCUCCUACACAUAUGAGCUUGCACCCGAUCACAAAGAGCUGGAUGAAAUUGCUAAAGGAGCAGUGGCUGAACUGCAGGGCCUUUAUGGAACAUCAUACACCUAUGGACCUUCUGCUUCAACAAUUUAUCCCACCGCUGGCUCAUCUGAUGACUGGGCUUAUUCACUGGGAAUUAAGUAUUCAUUCACCUUUGAGCUGCGUGAUGAAGGCAAGAAAGGCUUUCUCCUCCCACAGUCCCAAAUAAAAGCCACCUGCCAAGAAACUACUCUGGCAGUUGCAUAUAUAGCUAAAUAUGUUCUUGAUCAUUCUACCUAAGUCGCUGAGUAGUAUAUUCAGUAUACUAUAUAUUAUAUAUACCUUUUUUAUUCUGUUUCGUUCUUCAUUCUUUUAUCACCAUUGCCUUUAAUUUGCUGGUUAGGUUUUGUAACAGUACAUUUUUUUUUGUUUAUGUUGCUGUUAAGAGUACAAUUACAUGCACCAGAUGUCUUCAAGGGGUUAAGUAGUGCAGCCCAGCCAGUAUAACCUCUGUGUCUGCACCCUCAGAAGCAGAACCAUGAUUUGCAAGCAUUUGGAAUACUAGGAUCUAAUAAAAAGCUAGUAAAUAAAGAAUUCCUAUAUCCUGUUCUUCUCUGCAUCUUUGCCACAAAUAAGGAUCAGUGUGAAGCGAUUCUAUUAUAAUUCUGUUGCUGUGCAAUAUUCAAAAUGCACAGUAGAUGGCAAUGGUUACUGAUGCUAUAGAGAGUCACUGAUUGAGUUUCCAGCACUGUAAUAAUUAUGUAAAGACUUGCUUUGUACUCUGCAAAAGCAUAGUGUUGAUUAAACACACUAAAGGUCAAAA